GAGAGAGAGAGAGAGAGAGAGAGAGAGAGAGAGAGAGAGAGAGAGAGAGCGAGCACCAGUCUGGAAAACCUGUAAAAGGUUAGAGGGUCAACACUGAGAGAUAUAAGCUUCGAGUCCAUUAGUGGAUUAUGACCAUAACCACUCCAUGCCUAGUGCAUCUCUCUCGGAUUAAAGUGAGGGCGAGAUAGUCAGGCUGAGUGCAUGAGGGCAACUGGAAAGCAAGGGAAGUGACCAAAUUCAAAGGCAGCAUACCGCACUCUGUGCACACGUGGACCGAGGAACACUGGGAAACGAGCUGAAGUGAAGUUCGAACAGUGACAGCACUUUUUUACCGGCAGACUGAAGGUAAGUUUGGCCACACAAAUGUGAAAGUGAACUCUUCUUAGCUGUGUCUCCAUCUUUAAGGUUAACAAUGAAAUUGAUGUAGAAUGCAUUUCUAUAUGACUAAUCAGAAAGACUCAGUUUUUCACCAGCCAGUAAACAUUUAUCAGUGAUUAAUUUCUGAUGUGGCGUAAUUUCACAUUUACUUGGUUUCCAGUUUGUAAGUGAAUCACAGACAACAUAUUCUCCAGAUGACGUGUCUCUGACAAUACUUCUGUUUGAUAAUGCAUAUAUCUGUCACCACCAUCAUCAUCACUGCUGUUGUGUAACUUUAAUUUAGUUAUGAGCCUGAAUGAUAAUUCCUCUGCCUGUGUGUCGGUGUGCGCAGGAAUCAUGGACGUGGACCUGGAGGGGAUUAUCCACUGCAUCAAAGAGGGGGACGAGAGUGGUGUCCAGACACGGUUGCAGGAGUUCAACAAAGAGUAUGCCCAGUGCUUCUUCUUCGAUGCAGAGGAGAGGCACCGAAGGAAACAAAGGAAACUUGAGGAGUUCAGGAAGAAUAAAGUGAGGGAGUUCAAUGAUUCUGACUCUGACUGUGAUGAGUAUGACCAGGAGGAUCGAGGCCUCCUCCUCCGACAGAAUUUAACCGUUGUCCUUGUGAGAUUUAUAAGAACAGCAGUUAAAUGUCAUCUGUUGAGAGUGUCUUUGCGCACCCUGCGGAUCCUGUCCAGGGACAAAAAGGUCCUUGCCCCCUUGGUGACCGACAACGGUCUGCUCACCCUAGCCAAACUAGCCGGGCUGACCACAACUGGCGUCAGCGAUGAAGCCAGUGACCCCGACUCUGAUUUCUACGACAACAUCAUUGCUUCUCUUGCCGAGGCCAAGGUUUUGCACUGCCGCACUGAUGAGGAUGAAGGCGACGCCGAAGCUGAAGCCGACGACCAAAACCAAGAGUGCUCUGCCUUUGAUGAGGACACCGUGAGUGACAUCAGCAUGGCCAACAGUGGAGACGUUGACAGCAUCAGCUGGUUUGGGAGCCACAGGACCAGCAUCAACGAAAUGCACAGAGGUAGCAUGCAUCACAAGGUGCUGGAGCAAGGCAGGAAGGACCGCAGAGAGAGCAAGGUGGAGUUGGUGGGAGAAGAGGAAGAUGGGGAGUCAGGAGAGGAAGCUCUGCGAAAAGAGGCCAUGAAGGUGCUGUGUAAUGUGGUUUACAACAGCACCUGGGCACAGGAGAGGGUCAGUGCUCUAAGGCUCCUGUGUGGCCUCACAGAGUGUCUGUCCUCCAGUGUCAGUUCCUCGUCUCCAUCCAGUGUUCAGUUCUAUGAGCUGCGCCUCAUGUUCCUCAUUACUGCUCUACGGCCCGAGCUCAGCACUCAGCUUCAGCGGGAGGGUGGGGUGUCCAUCCUCACAGCAGCCCUGGAGAGCUGCCUGGAGGUUCGGUGGAAGGACCAGUAUGAGUGUGUGCUGGACCCAGCUGCAAAUCCAAUCUCUUUGGAAGCCUCUCAGCGUCUCUUAGAGAUACUGAAAAUCCUCUUUAACAUCACCCAUAGCAGCCACAGACAGGAGCCAAAUGAGGAGGAUGCAACUCUUUACCGACACCUAGUGGCCAUCCUGCGUCUCUGCCUGAUGAGGAAGUGCACGUUGUCGGACGACACUGAUGAACUGCAGGGUCACACAGUCAACCUGUUGUCAGCGCUGCCUCUGCAGUGUCUCGAUGUGCUGCUGAUGGUACCUCCGCAGCCGGACUCGGAGCAGAGCCUGGGGGUCAACAUGGAUUGUGUACACGCCCUGCUGACGUUCAUGGAGAGACGCCUUGAGGCGGGUGAUAAGAUCAAGGAGAAGCUGACACCAAUCCUCAAUCUGCUGACAGAGACCUGCAGGGCCCACAGAGAAACACGCCACUACAUCAGGACACAUAUCCUGCCUCCUCUGACAGAUGUGUCACACAGGCCAGAGGAAGGCUCCACUAUGAAGAGUCGUCUGAUCCGUCUCAUGACUCAUCUGGAUACAGAUGUCAAACACUGUGCCGCUGACCUCAUCUUUGUCCUCUGCAAGGAAAAUGUGAGGCGUUUUGUCAAGUACACAGGUUAUGGCAACGCAGCGGGCCUGCUGGCCACCAGGGGCUUGCUGGGCGGCCAGGGGUGCAGGAUUUCCAACUCUGACGGCAAGUACUCCAGCGACUCUGACUCUGACACCGAAGAGUACCGGCAGGUCAGAGAUCGCAUCAACCCUGUGACGGGGCGAAUGGAGGUUGAGCAGUCUGACCCCAUGGAGGGCAUGACGGAGGAAGAGAAGGAGGAGGAGGCCAAGAGGCUCAUCAUGCUCUUCAACAAGCUGUCCAGCGGUAAGAUCAUCCAGCCGAUGGCGGUGGAUUCAGAGGGGAAGCUGGUGCCGCUGUCCGGACUGAGGGAUAAUUCUCUCACCGGGGUGGGGAGGUCCGAGUCAGAGGAGGACGGAGAAGCAGAGGACGGAGAGAAGAAUUGAAAUAAUGUCAAAUCCUCUCAUUUGAUUUAUUCAUUUAUUUUUCACGAAUAGUCAGUUUCUUAAGCAAAGGCAUCUGUCCAAGUGUAAAAGGCAAAGCGACAAAGUUCUCAUCCAAACUCAUGGAUAUAAAAAGCAAUUUUUAUUUAUUCUACGGAUAAUAAUAAUGAUAUAGAGCAGUUAUCAGGUCACUUGUCAAUGGUUUGAGUUAAGAAUUAUAUUCUGAAUUGACAGUAGGUAGAGAGAAGUAACAGAUUUCAUGGCAAUAACAUGAAAAUAGACUACUAUAUCUUGAAAUCAUAUUGCUCGUUGGGAUAUUGUGUGUUGCACAUUUCAAAAUAUAGUUUCAUUAUCUUCCCUAUAAUGUUGCUUUAUGAAUCUGUUACAUACUGUCUGGUUAACUGUGGUCCUUAAAAAAAAACAUGAAAUCAA